GUUAAUCAGAAUUAUUUGAAAGGAACAUGUAAUUGUAAUUCCGUGACAUUGACUGUAUCAAUAAGCGGUGGUAGAAUUGUACUAGGCAAGAUAGCUAAUGUUAGCUAAUAGGAUUUUCCUAUUCUCUGCCAGACAUGUCUUGGAGAGAAUCCUUAUAUUCGAAUGUUAUGGUUGUUUUAAAGAAAACUCGCCCUGUAUCACACUGUUUAUGUUUGAUAGACCAAGGAGAAAUAUGGCAAGGAGUGCAAGAUAUGUGCCAGGCCCUUCACAGUGUUCCGAUGGUGUCCUGGGACCCGCAUGCGAUUCAAAAAGACAGAGGUGUGCCAGACGUGCAGUAAGAUGAAGAAUGUCUGUCAGACGUGCCUGCUGGAUCUAGAGUAUGGCUUGCCAAUACAGGUCCGAGACACUGGGCUGUCAAUCAAGGACGACGUGCCAAAAUCCGAUGUGAACAAGGAAUACUACACUCAGAACAUGGAAAGAGAGAUAGGGAACUCUGAUGGUACACGGCCAGUGGGUCUCCUGGGUAAGGCCCCCAGCUCUAGUGACAUGCUGCUGAAGCUAGCCCGCACCACACCUUACUACAAGAGGAACAGACCACAUAUCUGCUCCUUCUGGGUGAAGGGAGAGUGUAAGAGAGGAGAAGAGUGUCCCUACAGGCAUGAGAAGCCAACUGAUCCUGAUGAUCCCCUGGCAGACCAGAACAUUAAGGACCGUUACUAUGGUAUCAAUGACCCUGUGGCUGACAAGCUGCUGAAGAGGGCCUCCACCAUGCCUAGACUGGAUACGCCAGAGGACAAGUCCAUCAGUACGCUGUAUGUGGGGGGGCUCGGAGACUCCAUCACUGACUCAGAGCUCAGGAACCAUUUUUACCAGUUUGGGGAGAUCCGGACCACCACCAUCGUUCAGAGGCAGCAGUGUGCCUUCAUCCAGUUUGCCACCCGUCAGGCUGCAGAGUUGGCUGCUGAGAAAUCCUUCAACAAGCUCAUUAUCAAAGGUCGCAGACUCAACGUCAAGUGGGGCAGGUCCCAGGGAGCGCGGGGGAAGGAGGGAAGGGAGAGGGAAGGGGUGACUGAGAUGGGGAUGAAGCUGGAGCCGGUACCUGGACUGCCUGGAGCGCUACCUCCGCCACCUGCGGAUGAAGACGCCCCUACCAACUAUUUCAACCUGGGCCCUAACUCAGCCCCUCCUGUCAUGAACAUCAGUCUACCCCCACCCCCUGGCGUGGCUAUGCCCCCUCCAGGCUUUGGCCCACCUAUGUUCCACUCGAUGGACCCCAUGGCGAUACCCCAUCCCAUUGGGAUGAGGCCUCCUGGCCAUGUCCACUACCCCUCCCAGGAUCCACAGCGCAUGGGUGCACACGCCAGUCGUCACGGAGGCUCCUAGGCCCUACUGGUUAUAGUGAUUGCUGUUUUUAAUGACAUUUUGAUUUAGUGUUAUACCAAUUCCUUACCAAAUGACCAAUUCAUGACCAAUAUACAAAAAUUUAUAUUUCAGAGGUUUAAAUAGGAAUAUGAAGGAGCCUAUAUG